AUAAUUUAUUUUUAAUUUUAAUAAAUAUUCUGCCUUGUUUGAAACUACAUACGUGGAGUAAUAUCUAUUCGGACCUCGUAGAACGUUCAUUUGUCAUCGACUUAUUUGACUUUUCCCAAUUUUUGGUUCAUGAUGCGUUAGAAACGUUGAAAGUGGGUAAAGAUAAACAAUAUAAAAGGAAACGCCACUUGUUGAUGGUACGCUAGUAUUAAAUUUCAAAAAUGGAAGAGAUUUCAAAAUCCGAACAAGCCAAUGAUAAUUUACUACGAUCGGAAACCCCACAACAUCUCGAUGCGAUGGGUUCUCCAUCGUCGCCUCAUUCUCCACAUAGUGUAGCACUAAACAGGUCAAGAAAUUCUGGCAGAAAUUCACCAAGCAGUUCGGUAUGCAGUAUUCCAGUUUCUGGAAGUGUGAUACCUAUAAGAGCCACUCACGCAGCAUUAGUUUGGGGUAGCGUAAAAGCAGGAAAGUCUGAUACCAAAGAACUGACCAUUUGCAAUAUGAGCGACAAUAAAAUCAAGCUUCAGGCAAUUAUUGUAGACAAUGAGAAGAACUUUAAGUUUUUGAAAGAACGACAGACAACGGGAUCGAGUAUGAUCUUGGCUCUGCAGCGAAUGGAAAGUAGAACACUCUCGAUAAUAUUUGGACCCACUAAUCCUGGAGCCUGUGCAGGGAAAAUUACAUUUAGGCACUAUGAGGCCAGAAAAAAUAGCGGAAAUUCAUGCCCAUCAAAAUUCAUACACCUGUAUGGCUACGGUGGCUUUGGAAAAGUCGAAGUUUUGGAAGCGUUCAAAGAUGUCAGUGGACAGAUGUGGCUUUCAAUGGGUAGAUUUGGUUUGGAAGGAACUCUGAAUGCGAAGAUAAAAUUGCAAAAUUUCGGAGAUCUCCGGUCUUACGUGAAGUUGAAACUGGUCCCUAAGGCUGUUUAUCCUGGGACAGUUUCGAGUUGGCAAGUUAACCAAACUGAAUUCCUACUACAUCCUGGCGAAACACAGUGGGUUAGCUUGCAGUUCCAUCCUAAAAAAGAAGAUUUCUUACAGUUGCAUCGUGCUGCUGUAUCUCACGUAGGAACUCUUAUUUUAACUCACGGAGACGAGCCAACUCGUUGGCGAAUUCGCAGGCUGUACAAAAAACUACACGAAAGAGGGGAUUUAAAUAGGGAGGAAAACGAAUCAUUCAAAGAUGUCGUUUAUCCAAUUUGCAAGGAGUUCCCUGGCGAGACGUUAUUGGAAGACUUGACGAUUCUUCGGGAUUCUGUUCAAAAUUUGAGAGAUUUGUGCUGCGGCGUUUUUCAACAAAAUGUUAUGCUGACAAUGGAAUUAAGUGCAGAUGAAACAUUGUCGAUUCUCGAGGAUAAUCCUGACGAUUCUCAGAUGUAUUAUUCUCUUUGUAGCGAGAGUAAUUAUUCGUUUGCUGCGGCCGAUGACAGCUAUAUGCCUUCAGAUAUAAUGAACAAAAGUCUUUGUGGAGAGCAUGGACGGUCCUAUGGAAAAGAAUUUACAGUGAGUCCUUCAAUGGUGACACUCGCACCUCCUCAUACAACAGAAGCUACAGUUACUGUGUCAAGUUUUGCUAAUAUAUCAUUACCAUUUGAGACUACUAUCUCAAAUGCAGAAUACUUAAGUGUGACUCCCAAUAAAGGAAUGAUUCCCACAGGGAAAAGCAUCCCCUUGAAUAUAAGAUGCAAAGAGGCAGUUGGCCAAGUGAUUGAAGCUAUUCUUUCUGUUUAUAUAGAAAAUGAUAAACGUGAAGUCACUAUAACUAUAACGAACAGGCACUGAUAGUAAGAAAAGCCACAUUCCUUUUCUCACAGUAUGUUUUUUUAUAGCACAUUAAGUUAAGAAAUAAACCGAUAGUUUUUUUUUUU